UCAUCUAGUCAUAGUCUAGUCGUAGUCUCAUCUAGUCAGUCUAGUCUCAUCUAGUCAGUCUAGCCGUAGUCCCGUCUAGUCAAUCUAGUCAUAGUCUAGUCUCAUCAAGUCGUAGUCUAGUCUCAUCUAGUCAGUCUAGCCGUAGUCGAGUCUCAUCUCGUCAGUCUAGUCAUAGUCCCCAACAGAUUCAAAUGCUCAGUAUACUUGAUAAGAGACUAUUAGCAUAACUAGGCAUUAAAGGACAAAUUCAAGGUGUAGUUCAAACGUUAGACAGUCUGAGGAUAGUGUGAAGUCAUGUCAGUACGGGGCGGGAAUGUUGUUAUGAUGUUAUUAUGAUCCCUGUAUCUCAGAUCUGAAAAACCGGUCGUUGCUGGAGCAGGAGAACGAGGUCACCUGCAGUACUCCAACUCGCCUCCGGGGGCGACCUGUGUGGGGUGUGUCUGUGUGUGGGGCCACACCUUCGUCAUCAUCAUCAUCAUCAUCGGUUUGGACGUCACCGCGGAUGACAUCAUCGCCCCCGGGGUCUUCCACUGCAGCCAGCCUCCGACCAGCGUCGCUGAACAUCCCCGGCGCCGCGCUGUACGGGCUGAUGGUGCCUCUGUGUGCUCUGCUCGGGCUCUGCUGCUUCAUGGGGGGCCUCUACGGGAGGAAGCGAAGGAACAGAGCCGUGAAGGCGGGACCUUUGGCCGAAGAGGACCCCAAUGAGGAGCGACCAGGCCAAUCACGGCAGCCGAGACCUCCCUCUGGGCCAAUGGAGAGAGACACCAUUCAAACCGUUCAGUGGCACGCGGAUGGAGCCUCGAGGUUUAACUCCACGAACGGCAGGGCAAAGUCGGCCAAUGCCGUGCUGUCAACGUCGCCUUAUAGUGGCGUAUGGAAAGAUUCACCCAGAGGGAAAGAUUCAGCUGGGAAAGUUUCACCCGCUGGGAAAGAAGCACCCGGAGGGAAAGUUUCAACCGGAGGGAAAGAUUCAAUAGGAGUGAAACUUUCACCUGGUGGGCAAAAUUCACAAGGAGGGAAAGUUUCGACCGGUGGGAUAUAUUCACCCGGUGGGAACGUUUCCCCAGGCUUGAAAGUUUCACCCGGAGUGCAACGAAGUGAGGCGGAUCACCUCCAGCUAGAGAAGACCCAGACCCCAGCAGAACCCGACAUCAGACUGGAGGUGGAGGUGGAGAGGGGGGGUAGGGGAACCAGUCCCCAAGAGGAGGGCCAGAGAUACACUGACCAGCGACACCCUCACGUCUCCGUCUACACAGAGGAAACGCCCUACCUCAGUAUCGGGGACGUCCCGCCCAAACAGGAAGCUGACCGAGGUCCAGGUCAGAGGUCAAGGACUGGUGAGGUCAUGAGCAGGGUCUCCUCUUGGCCUCUGAGUGCAGCUCAACGCGAGGGCAAAGGGACCCCCGGGGUUCAGGGGGAAGGUCCAGACAUUUGGACCCAAAACACCGGUCGUCAGCAUCGAGAAAACAAGCGUAAACUUGGAACGGAGAGCUUCUGGGAGUCUCGGGUAUACCAUCAUACGCCGACAGGGGGCGUCGUUAGUGAUUCAGGUGUCGUUUCUGUGACUGCCGACACACGGGGUUACAGUGCAGCGCUCACAUCUUCAACUACCGACAUGUUGCCACUGGGGGGCACCAGUGGACGCAACACGGAGGCUGUGUCUCACACAUCGCCUUCUUCCUCACAGCAGGGAACCACUGAUGUCCGUGUGGAGCCGAGACGCUCUGUACCGAGUGCAGCAACUCCCGGAGCACUUUGUGGAAAAGAUUUAACAGUCGAUGACAAAACCUGCUCCAACCCAAACGCUGAGACGUUGACGUUCUCGCUGUUGAGUGACGAGACCCACGUGGGUCCGAGGGAAGACGGUCACCGUGACCGCGGGGAGCCGCGUCCGCCCGGCCAGAGGAUCAGCGCUGUCGGCCGGAGGGGGCCGUCCACCUGUAGGGAUCAGGGAGCACCUGGAAUGGGGUACGAGGAUCUGCUCCAUGAAGUGGUCCAGAACCGGGGCCGCUGGACCAGAGACCGGUGGAAACGGACUCAUCUUAACAAGCAGAGCCCCAAGCAGCAGGAGGGAGAGGGCUGCUAGGGCUUUCCUCCGGUUGGAAGUUCAGAAUGAACCCACAGGUCAACACUGUGUCUUGAGCUUCAGGGCCCGGUUUUAGGUUAUUCUGAAAUUUGGUAUUUGGAUCACACUGAUCCAAUCCAAUGUUCAUUUAAAAACUGGCAUAAAAGUAAGACGGAUCAGGUGAUCCUGGAUGGCAAAACAUGGGAUUUCCAAACAGGAUCAAUUUGAUCCAGAUUAUUUUUUUUUAAAAACUGUGCUUAUUGUUAAAGGGCCAGUAGGCAAUAUUUGUGU